GCCCUCCCCGAGCCCGGAUGGACUCGGCAGCCACCCCGAGCGAAGUGUGGAGUGCACCCCCGCAGAGUUCGUCGCGGACCUGCAACCGGCGCUUCCACGGCUGCGACUCGGCCGGGAGAAGGUAGUCGUCGGCCGCCGCGGCUGUCCUGGCGCUUCUUCUGUUCUUCCGUUCGGGCUGCCGCCGUUCUCGUGCUCGCGGUUCAGUUGCCGGAACUCUCGCCGAAGCCUCUUGCAGAGGUCGAGUGUGCUUUGUUGUUGUUGCUGCUACUGGUGGACACUCGGGUCCUUGGCGCGGUGCAGCGACGGAGCGGGGGCGGGGGCAGGUGCGCUUAGGCUUAGACGCUGCAACGUGCCGGCCAGGCCGAGCGAGUGCUGGCGGUCAGCGAGCUUGCACGCCUGCAUGCCUCCGCGGAGCCGGGCUGGGGGCUCGAGGUUGGACUCCGCGGUUGAGGCAGUCCCGCCACGAGUCAGAACGUUCCGAAUCACAGUCGCGUUCAGCGCUAGCGUUGCGUCAGGCGUCCACCGGAGCGUUCUUGGUCUCGGCCGCUUCUUGUGUUGUUUUACUACUGCUGCCGCCGCCGCCACUCCGCGCCGUGCUGCGAGCCGUUGCCGGCGCUUUGUUGCUGAGCCUUGCCUCGACCGUGUUGCCAUUUCCACCUCGAGCGCGGGCUGCUGCUGGAGCAGUGCAGGGCGACGACGGGUAUCGGUCCGCUCUGCUCCGUUCGCCAAUUUCGCUUGCAACCAUUCUAUUCUGCUGCUCGCCGUGGUUUUUGUUUUCUCUUUAACCCCGUGGCUGCCGCCGCACUCGGCCGUUGUUGUUGUUGACGAUGUCCGUGUUUCUGUUGAUUUGGUGUUGUGUGUUGUAACGUGGGAGCGCGGGGACGGGGACGAGGCCGGGGACCGCGCCGCCUAUAAGAUCGUUGUUUUUUCGCGUACUGGGACUGGGAUUGGGAUUGGGAAAAUCCGAGAACGCAGCGCUGCGUUCACCAAACUACUCCGACUCGGCACGGAGCGGAACGUCGUCAGCACUCAGUAGUGUCGCUCGUCAGUUCGAAACAAGUCGCUGACUAUUGGCUUGACUCUCCGCAGUGUUGCAUUUUCCGGUCGGAAGCGCUCUUUCAGUUCAUACACAAAACCACCACAGACCACAAAACUAGAUAAAUCCCCGCACCGGGAACAACAAUUACAAACAAUUACCGAGUCGAGUUGGCUCGGAGUUCCGCGAUUUUCCGCUUACACUCUUCCCUCAUUUUCCACCCAGUCCAGAACACUUUUCGGCUUUCCCUGCUCACACUCAACUCACGACACUUCACGGCCACACUUUACACGCUCCAAGGCGGUGCACUCCUCGGGAACCCGGGCGGCUCGUCGGGACUUAAACUUUAUCACUAAUAGUUGUUUUGUUUGCGCAGUGAGGAACGCACGCGGCAUGAGUACGCGGGACCCGCGCCACGGCACACUUGCGAGCAACAAAUGAUCGCGCCAAUCUCCCGCAGGAAACGCGGCUACACGAAUUUCCCUGAGUUUGUUUUGCAACGGAAAACCAGAGUUCAGUCUGGGAAGCGGAAAAUUCAGGAAAAGUUGAUUUUUGUAGAAACCAAGAGCACAUGACGGGGACGCGGAUGAAGUUGCACCGAGAAGAGUUCGAACCGUUACACGAGAAACUUAAAAAAGUGCAAAAAGUUGUUAACUUUCCAAAUUUGUGUCCAGCCAGUGAGGGUAGAAGCUGGGAUCCGCAGGAGCCACGGUCCCGUGUGGUGCAGCCACAGUUGAAGUAAAUUAAAUUAAAAACCAUAAAAAAAGAAAAAUAUUUCGCUUUCCCUCUAAAAAUAAAAAAUAAAUUAAAAAACCGAAUCCAAAAAAUAGAAACCGCUUUCGGAAAUCACGGAAAACUUUGAAACUAACCAAAACUACCCCAAAAGUGGACAAAUUUAAACUUAAAAACAAACUCGGUUUCUGGAAAGUAUCUAAAAAUCUUUAAAAGGAAAACGGACACGUGACGCUCUUGAUUUUGUUGUUUAAUGUGUUAGUUGGUUUCGUCACCAAAUCCUUCCCUUCCAAAAGAAGUUGCAUUGAAAAACGGCGAAAAGUUUGUGAAAAUAUAAUAAAAAAUAAAAAUAAAUAAAUUAAAAAUUUUCAGGAGCCACAGAAAUAACUAAAAUUGCGCAUUUUGUUAAAAUAAUGAGAAUUUUGCGAAUUUGUAGUCUUUGAAUUUCGGUAAAAGUGAGAACCUUCAGGUUUUGCAUGGAUAAAUCUUAGAGGACCCACCAGCAAUCAACAACUUUUUGGGAGGAUUGAGUUGGAUACGUCAUUUGGGAACGCCAUUUCACAAACGUAAACACUCUCUGAAGAGACUUCCGUUCGAUCACUGAAAAUAGUUCCCAAGGAUAGGGACCGCAAAGAAGGCAAAAAGUAAGAUUUUUGGCGAAAAAAUAGACCGAAGACAUGACAACUUCAAUGAUCAAGGAUUUGAAGUAAAUUUUCGACUGAGAAAGGAACAUAUAUGAAGUUUGAAGCUUGGGAGAAAUUACCGUGAAAUCUACAAAAAGUGAGGAAUAUUACGAAAUGUUGUUAUAAUACAUUAAGCGAUCCAGCAGAGAAGAAGCAUAACAAAAAGCUGAUUUUCAUCAAAAAAGCCACGUCCUCGACAAUACUUAAUUCUCAGCCGUGAUCCAAACUGUGGCACCACGGCCCAAAAAAAUUUUUAUCUUAUGGAUUGCUGGACGGGUAACGCCCGACUGGCGAGUGUUCUAGUUUAAGCAGCGUAAGCUGUCACCGACAUGGGCAGUGAGCACUACUGCUUGAGGUGGAACAAUCAUCAAUCCAACCUGUUAGGGGUGUUUAGUCAAUUACUGCAGGACGAGAGUCUGGUGGACGUCACAUUAGCUUGUUCUGAGGGCGCUUCCAUCAGAGCCCAUAAGGUGGUCCUCUCGGCCUGUUCAUCAUAUUUCCAGAGCCUGUUCCUGGACCACCCCUCGCGACAUCCAAUUGUGAUUUUAAAGGACGUCCGUUUUUCAGAACUGCAAACUUUAGUCGAAUUCAUGUAUAAAGGCGAGGUGAACGUGCAAUAUUGUCAGUUGUCUGCGCUGCUAAAGACAGCUGAAUCUUUGAAGGUGAAAGGUCUAGCAGAAAUGACAAAUCAAAAUUCAGCUUUACGGGAACCCGAACGUGAACCCGAUCGUUUACGGCCGCACUCACAGCCAAAACCAUCGUCCUGUGGGGAAACACCAAUAGAAGUUUCGGGUCAAUCAACACCUACACCUACCCCCCAAUCGAGCAGCAAUUCAUCCUCAACCGUCACAGCAAUCAAUGCGACGAGUUUAUCCCUUAAACGAGAGGGUGAAGCGUGUAGCCCUUCUUCGCCGAAAAGACUGCAAUCCUCUCCCACUCCACUAGAUCUAUACCAACGUAAAUGUCCAAGUAGAAGUAAUCGUGAUCGGGAUCGUGAUCGUGAACCUAUAGACCCUUCAUCAAUGAUCGAGGAUAGAUCGCCUUCACCAUGUGAUAGACCAAAUUCAAUUGAAGAGGAUGAUCCAAUGUCGAAUGAUGUCAUCGGGAUUAACAUGUCGAUGAAUCCAAUGCUGUCGGUAGCUGGGAAUACAAGUGGUAGCGUUGGUGGUUCUGGAAAUUCAGUUCAGUCUAUACAGCAAUCUGUGGUUGUCCCGCCUGUCAAUUCUUCAUCUAGUUCAGUUGAUCUCAUGAGACCUUCAUCUCGAGGUGGGAGUGGAGGAGCCGGAACAAGUGGCAGUAGUGUUAGUGGAAGUGGUGGGGGUGGUGGAAGUAAUGUGACUCUUACAAGUACAGUUACGCACACGGCUACAAGUAGUGGAUUAUCAAGCCCGAUAAUCUCAACGGAACCCGUCGCAGGACCUUCCGGACUCGGGCCUGUUCAAUCGGUCCCAUUGUGCCAUCUUUUCUUUCAGUCGUUAAAAAAGGAGGUCGAUUGGGACCGUAGUGAUGAAAAGUCGACAAGUGAUACUAUUGAAUAUCGACACUCUCAUGAUUCGGCAGAUGAUCGUCCAAUGCCAAACUAUUCUGGAUCUCCCAUUAGCAUUCAUCCAGCAGCACGAUGUCAAACACCAUUUGUUUUCCCCUUCAGCCCUUUGAGCUUAGGUCUAUUCGAUACAGAUCCGUCCAGAAUAUUGAAUAUGCUCCACCAUCAGACACUUUUAGCUGAGGAAGCUUUGAGAUAUCGUGGUCUUCUUUUCUCACCAAAAGAUCCACUCCGCUAUUCAUCGUCAAUUAGUGAAAUCCUUUCGAAAGAGCAGGAAUUUCUUUGCAAACGUUCUUCGCCGCUCUACAAACAAGCUCAUCGCUACCCGACUGGCGUUACUAGCUUCCACCAGGAAACUCCACUGUCCUACCAAAAAGACAGCUUAGUCGAAGAACUGAAAAAGAAGUCAGAAGAAACCGUCCAGCGAGAGGAAGAAGAAAAUGAUUUACGCGAAAAUGGCAAUAGCUCAAAGGAUUCGCUUAGUGAAUUUCUCCGGAGACGGUCGAGCUUGUCCAUGGUGGACGGUCUUCGUUAUAAUCAAUUGUCUAGUACGGAAACGUCCAGUUGUAAAGAAAAAAGUUCCUCAUCAUCUACCUCGUCAACACCGCCGCCACUAAUUAAGCCUGUAUCAGAUUCGAUUUUGUUUUCAGAGCCCAUUGAAGAAGAAACCCGAUGCGUUGUUUGCAACGCUAACUUCCCCAAUGUCUGGCUACUGGAACAACAUGCCGCCCUUCAGCACGCCAACCUUGGACCGAAUGAGGAGAAGCCUUUCAUCUGCGAACAAUGCGGUCAGUCGUACCGCUACCGUUCUGCCUAUGCUAAACACAAGGAGCAGAACCAUAGGGCUCGGUUGCCCGCUGAUAAGUUGUUCACUUGUGAUGUUUGCGGGAUGCAGUUUCGCUACUUGAAGUCCUUUAAGAAGCAUCGGUUGAAUCACGCACUGGAACGCCUACAUGGUAAGAAAGAGCGUCGCAGUAUGGAUGCACAGAGCCAAGAUGUCGUUACAAGUUCAAAUGAAACCAUCUUAGAUGAGAGUGGUACCGACUUACGGGUGAAUAUCAAACGGGAGAAGGACGAUGAUGAUCAAGAUAGCACAGUGGAUUCGGCAGGAGCAAUUUUCUCGGAUCAUAAUAGCGGAGCUGGAGAACCGAAAAUUAGUAGCUCUGAAGGAAUACUUCAUAGUACAAAUAAAUUGUCACGGCCACCGUCAUCAAUGGAACCUGAAUCAUCACACUCAACCACCUCGAUUAAUAGCUUAAUUAAUGCUGAGCGAAUUCCCAGUGAUCAAGUUCUUGGACUGAAUCCUCAAGAAGCGUCAAUUUUGAAUUUUCUUCGAGUCGAUGCUGCCGAACGACAAAGGGAUAAAAGACCUCCAACAUCACGAUUUGCUUGUCCAUUUUGUGGUAAAUGUGUACGUUCCAAGGAGAACCUCAAACUUCACGUUCGCAAGCAUACAGGAGAGCGUCCUUUUGUCUGUUUAUUUUGUGGUCGAGCGUUCGGUGGCAAAUCGGAUCUCACUCGUCACCUACGUAUCCAUACUGGCGAGCGUCCUUAUCAUUGCGAAUCCUGCGGUAAAUGUUUCGCUCGUGCUGACUACCUUUCCAAGCAUCUCACUACGCACAUUCAUAAUACACCACGCUGAGAUGAGGCGCGGAGGAGAAGGCUCCUCCGCAGAUAAUAAACUUCUUUUGGAGCAACAGUUUACUCACUAGGAACGUCACUAGACUUGCAAUACUUAUAUAAAUCCUCGAAAUGCAUAGAAAUUAACUGAGAAUUGUUUUAGCAAUUUUUGUAGCUGAAAAUAUUUUGAAUUUAUCGUAAGUUUAUACCUUAUCCUUUUUAGCCCUUUAUCCACUGUUAUAAUGUUUUUUAGUUCUUUAAAAUAGGCUACUCCUGAGCUAGAGUGCGAGAAUAUAUAUGUUUACCUCUUUUCAUAGAUUCUAUUGAUAUUCUUAGUUUUCUUAGAUAUUAUUACUGUUGUAGACAGGACGAUUAUAGAAAGCUUAAAAAGUGCAGGACUAUUUUAAAUUACAACAGCGGGAAAUCGUGGUGUAUACACUUCGGUACAGUCGGUUUUCAUUUACGACUCCAUAGAACCUUUAUUGAUGAUUUCAAAUGAGCUUAAUGUACAUAUGUUAAGCAAUAAUCAAAAUAAAACAUGGGGUGAACACAAUUACAGAAGUGAAAAACUUAGAUGAUAAUAAGAGUUCCUCAUAACUAUUAAAUCAAAUGUUACCACUAAUAUUAGUUAAUAUUAAUUUGGUCUUGUUGUUGUUUAUACAUAAUCCGCCCUUUUUCGGAAGGAUACUAUGAAUUUCAGAAAUCGGACGUGCCAUACUUCGCUAUUUCUGUGAAUCCAAAAUUUUUCUGUUUUUGAUUUCAAAUCCUUCUAAGAAAGUCUAUUAUUUAUCUCCUAAAAAUAUUGAAUUUUAUCAGACUUUCUGGUAAAUUGACGUUAUACAAUUUAUUUAAAAAAAAAACUUUUAUUCCAGCUUCAUCAAAAAAUUAACCCAAGGAAUAUAUGUAUUUUAAUAAUUGAAAAUUUCCACAGAGUUAAAAAAUUGAAAAUUAUUAAAGGAAGUCGAUGUCAAUUCCUGACUUUGAUAAGGCUUCAAAGGAUUCCUACAAAAAUCAUGGUUUGUGCGGACUAGGUCAGAAGUAUUUGAUCUUUCACAUUUUAUAUUGUAGGCUCUACUAUAUAUCAUGAAGACUGUAAGUCUUCUUACCAGAAACUAUUUUCCUGGAAUAAUUUUUAGUGCUUAUCCCGGAAAAUGACUUCCCAAGGAGAACUUCUUCAAUUCUUGUACCUUCACAUAGUUGUUUUCAAUGUAUUCUUGUAUUUCUCUUCCUCCGAAACGACAAUUUCUCCACAUCGAGAAGGUCACAGUGCUAUUGUGUAUUAAUCAUGCUGAAUCGUAAAGAGAAUCGUCAUCACAGGCACUUCAUGGAUCCGAGAAAAGGAGUGAAAAAAUUUUCAACAGUUGAAAUUUAUGUCCAUGUUUUUAUUUUUUACGAUGGUUAUAUAUUAAGAAAAGAAUUAGGUUUUCUUCCUUAUUCUGUAAACGCACGUGGUCUCCGAAACAAUUGUAUGCUAAAGGAAAAUAAAAAACAUUACAAACAAAAAUUACCGCCCACUAUACACUGCUCUAUGCAGCUGAUGUUUUCCUAACGUUAUACAAAAAAGCUUAUCUUGAGCGACAAUCCUAUCAAUUUUGUAUAGACAACGAAGAACUGCGCAAAGAAAGCACUUCACUCAGCAGCGCAACCUGCAUUUAACAACUGGUGUUCUUUCUGAUUGGCACAACAAAAAAUGUCUCAAACACUAAACAGACCGCGGUAUCAUUCCCCAUGUCGACCUCUAUGACUUCAAUUACUAACCGGCUACCAAAAAAAUGAACACCGCCUCGUGAUAAUGGAGAUAAAAAUGUUUCGUUGGAUCGUUAUAAUUGCAUCCUAAAUGAUGACAUCUGGGAUCGAUGUGGGAUUGCAUCCAAUGCGGGAGAGCCGUCUUCGGUGAUACGACCAGGUAUUUUGUGUUUAGCUCAGAUUGGCCUGAACAGCGAAAUCAACGAGAAAAAACCAAAAAAUUGACCGAUGCCUUGAAAUAAUAGUUGUUAAUUUGAAACCCUAUCGACCCGGGCCAUGCCUACAACCGAGAGGACAAAAGCUAAAGAAAAAGGAGAAAAUCGAUACAUCAAACUAUUUGAAAUAGCUUUUACCAUCAAAAAGUGAUCUUCCCUACCUUCUUCUUUAGCUGCUGUCCUGUUUGGUAACGUUUCGUCUAAAUUAGAUUUGCCACUUCUCUCAAAAACUAUAAACUUGGUACCGAAAGAGUUGUGAGGUUUUCGAAUCACCGUAUAACGUGUCAAGCCAUCACUGUUUAGGUCAAUCUUUGCUCUGUUUCCCAUCGACUUGGAUGGUCUGACUAGUGAGCUCUCAGCCGUGCAAUUACCGUGACCGUACCAACCAAGACACUUCUCUCCUUUUUGCAAAUUCGUAUGUAUAGAAUGAACCGCUUUGAACACGCUGCUCCCAGGGCAGAGGUGAGACAGCAUCUGAUGAGUUGCCCCCAACCUGGAUUUUUGAAUACUUGAGUGCUAAGCCCCAUGUGGUUUGGUCCGACAUCGAGUGCAUACAGACUAAGGAACCCUCAACUUCUACACAAUAAACUGGGAUGGGGUCUAUACCAAAUUGACGGAGGACAAAUCACUUACCUGCAUAACUUAGAAUAGUUAAAUCUUACUUUGUUUUGCCUUCGUAGCGUCUUCUGCAAAGGUUUUAACCGUCAAACUUGGACAGUGAGCUUUUUCCAUUUUCUUCAUAUUAGCAAAAUAAGAGGAACCUCAGAACCAAUCUCCUGGAGUUCUCAAUAUCUAUUACAUCUGGCAUGAAUCUUCUCUCUAUUCACUUGGAACUUGGCCCGAUUCUAGAGUAUUAAAUCAAGACCUUCUCAAUGAAAUCAAUCAGAUGUUAAUACUUUGCUAACAGCUAAACUCACAGAAGAAAAUAUGUGGAUGGCUGUGAAGCAACAUGUUGCCGCCGCCCCUGUUAUAUAAACACCUGUCCCUAAAAAUUUCUCAUUGUUCACAUUUCUCUUCUGCAUUUCGUCCAUAAUUUCGCAUCUCGUGUUUCAUUUCAUGUUCUUGUUUAACUUUUCUUAUCGAAAGGUUUCUCGAUACACUUUCGGAUGUUUUCUUCCUUAAGAGAGUACUGCAGUUUUCUUUAGUUUCCCCGUUGUAUCUAGCUCUCACAGUGUUGAUGAAUUACCGGUCGUUAUCCUCCGCUUUUUUUACGUUCUCAUCUAGGUUCAAAUGCUGCUGGUCACGGAUGGUUGUGUUUGUCUUUAUGCUAUCCCUCUACUGCUGGCUUAGCACUUGCACAACAUCAAGUUUGAUGAUAAUAAAAAUCAAAUGAAAAAAAAAAAACAAUUUAAAAUACGACAAGAAAAACUGUAUAGAUAUCCUUCAACCCCAAAGGAAUGAAUAUUGGACAUUCAUUAGGUUGUCUUUAUAAUAUACGAUUUCCUGGAAAAACUUGCGUGCAAAACACUUAACAUAUAGUUCAUCUACAUAAGUUCCGAUACUAAUCCUGAGCCUUACUUUGCUUACACUGCAUGUGAGCUUCAUCCCACACUGGUGGUCCUCCUCCAGCCUGUGCAUUUUGCAUUCCAUUGUCUAAUUUCUUAACGAUAGAGUUGAUGUUAUGGCCGGUUCUGGUCCCGACCAUCUCCUAAAUAUCUUUCUAGGGAAAUGCUCAUAUCAUUUCGUUACAUAGACAAACUCAUAUUACACUUGGCGAAAACUGCACCAAAUAUCACUCUUUCACUUCCUUCAUAUCCGAAAGUCUCUAGAGAUGCUUAAAGGAUUACUUCUCGAUUUGUUUCAGCAACUUCAUUCCGAAGCAACAGUAAAGGUCCCGAAGGAGAUAUAUAUUUUUUUAAAAGUUACCAACUUUGUAGCGAAGUCUUUGAACAAAAGAAAAGAUAUUGCAAUUUUUACUAACUUCCGAUUCCGUUGCACACUACCUACUUUUCAAUAAACUUCGCUUAUAUGGCUUUCCACCAAUUAUUCUCUCCUAGACUUCGCCAUACCUCAAUGGUAGAAAAAAUAGAGUCUCCUCCAACGGUUGUGUCUCAACGUUUUUUCUCCAUCAUAUGGAGUCCCACAGGAUUCCAUUGUAAUAUAUACGCAUAUAAAAUUAGAGAAUAGAGCGUCAAUCAUUGUUGCCGUUUGCGGAAAUGUGUUUCAGUUCCCUCCAGAACCUGCCGAGAAGCUUGCGCCCCUUCUCCACUGUCGUGCACCAUGUAUUUCUGGCGCGAUCCACUCGGCUGUCAUCCUGAAAUAGUUAAUUCUAUUGCAUUCCAUAGCAAGCAACAGAAUUACCGCCCUAUUCACUAUCAUUUCCGCUUUCGGUUUAACACAUCCAUGCAUAUCUGGCCCAUACACUGAGUAAGUUCCUCGUUCGAAAUCUUGGUGGUGGAUGUUGACGGGCAUUUGGGAUCCAUUUUCAGUUCAUUCUCACUUUCAUUCUUCUUGAAGGAACUUCCUGACGUCUAUAUGCAGACGGUCUUGAAUCAUUUUCUGUUGUUGAUUCGGCUGUUGAACGAAGCUAUGUGAAGCUAUUGUUAUAACGUGUUCGGAAUAACCUUUCUUUUAGCAAGUGGAAUUCAUUAUAAAAAAUAAUUAUCGUUCCGAUGCUUGUAGUUCUUUUAAAUAAAACUAUGUGGCUUUUCCUACUACUAUAUAUUUUUAUUACUCGUAUAUACGUAUUCCGGGAGCUACUUACUCCCUUCUUCAGUCUUUAGCUGCCUUAGGUAUUCAUUAUGUUACUCAUUUACCUUACUUACUAUCAAUUAUGUCGAUUUUUCUACCAGACCUCGGGUAUCAAUCCCAUUGCUAACUGUAACUCUAAUCGCCAUACAAUAGAAUUAGUUUAAUGGAAGUUUACUCGUUCCUUUUUCUUUAAAAAAUUCUUCCCCCCGCUGUCCCUCCAAACUGAAGAAUCUUGACGGAUGCUUACGUAAUCUUCGUAGAGAGAGCCCUUGAGGCAAGAUCCUUACAAUAUUCGCACGCUUGAUAGUGUUAGUCAUGGAGUUCUUGUGCUGCUUCCACCCAUCUCUGGAAUGUUAUUAAGGACGCAACUUACAAAAUCUAACGAAAUGGACUUCGUCUGGUGAAUACGGCUUCCCAUUUCAGUGUUUCCAAGUACGUUUAGCUCGUUUCUUGAUCGAGUGUUAUCAUGUUGAAUGAUAACUUUAGGGUGUUUUUGUUCCUAUUGUGGUCCUUUCUGAAUCAAGAUUUGUUUCGGUCUUAUCAAACACAGUCGAUUUCGUUGUCCAUUGAUAGACUUAUUGGGUUUCAGUAGUUAAUAGUACACUACUGCCAGCUAAUCCCAUCGAAUGCAAAUCAUGAGCUUCCAGGAAUGGAUAUGGCUUCGCUGAUGAUGUUAGUGCAUGGCUCGGUUUACUAUAAUGUAUUCACUUUUCAUCACCAACCAAUACGAUGAGAAAAAGCCUCUCCGAUUUUAUCGGUCGAACAAUAGUUCACGCAUUAGUAAUUGACUUUCCACGUCUCUUGUCGUUAAUUCUUACCAUACCCAGUUUCCUUGUUUGGGCACUGCAAGUUCUUUUUGAGUUUAGCUUAAGUCUUCCUCAAAUAACACUUCCAAUUCUUCAACUUGAAACUAUAGUGACUGUCCAGGACGUUGUUUGUCUUUUUCGCUAAAAUCACCACUAUUAACCUGCCCUUGGCACAUUCUAUUCGAUGGAUACUUUCACCAUAAACUUCGGAAAAUAAACAAUGGGUUUUUUUUCUUUAUAUUAAAAAGGUAUACCAACGCUUCCCAUAAAUCUUGCUCUGAUAUUUUGUAUUGUGACAUUUUCGAUUAAGUAAAACAUUUGGAAAUUUCCCCGAACGAUAUGAACACCCGCAGCCACUACUCUACUGGACAACAGAACACCAAUUUACAGAAUGAGAGUACCAAAAGUGAACACUUGGCUUUAGUGAUUCUGUCUGCCUGUAUCUCUUGGAAUAUUCGUAUAAUCAUUAUGUUUAUUCUCAGAUGGAUCCUGCCCAUUUUGAUAGGAUCUUAUCAAGUACUUCACAUAAAAUAAAAAAUAAGUACUUCGAAAACUAUUUAUUAGAAACCAAAAGCACUUUUUGUUACAUUUUUGGCCUAUUCUUGUUAUCAUUCUUCUAUCCAUAUUUUCAUUCAAUGAUAGCCUUGCUUUAUUUUCUUAUACCUAACUUUCUGUUGUAAACUGUCAACAUUCGCCUAUAAAAGGAAACUGCCUACAACUAUCUCUGUGGAGCCGUUGGAAUAUGUUGUAAUUUCGCUAAUAAUAUUCAUUAUAUUAACCAUUGAAAAUUGCUCUCCCCUCUCUCUAGGAAGCUUGCUACCUAGUGGUCAACCUCUAAUUAAUUUUUAUUACAUCGACGUUCUUAGCGGAGCUUUCAGAAUAUCUACCUUCGCCUUUUGCUCUUCCUACCCAAUCUCAGGGAUCCAUUUCUUGGUCAUCCUACAUCCCCUUGUUGUAGUUAUCAUCGCCGUACAAUACAAUCGGUUCAAAGCAAGUUCAUUCAUUCUCUUUAAAAAAUCGUUCCUACUCGUGUUACCCUGAUUAUUUAGUUUUCCUUAAUCUAUCAUCAUUUCAACAUCGAAAUGCGUUGACAGACGGUUACGUCCUCUUCAAACUAGACAGUUUUCGAGCCUUCGAGACAAUACCAUGUUUACAAUGUUCUUCCGUUGCUGCCACUCCCCCAUGCGUGCAAUGUUACUUGAUUAUAAUCACUCGUAGCCUGGUCCUCUGGCCUCAAGCUCACUAUUUAAAAAAAAAGGUAUUACUGCUCUAAAAUUAUACCUAGUAUAGCCAUAAAGUCUGUCAAUGUUGUUUCAAAUAUAUGGUUGCCAAUAUCCUCUAAAUGGGGCAUUAUGCAUCAACUACCCCCUCUCCCAUCCCCUCAAAAUUUAUAUUUAUAAAAAAAUUAAAAAUAUACUAAAAAAUAAUUUGCAAUAACCCUCGGCUUUGUAAGCAGUUUUUGUUUAUGAUGUUUAGGCCUUUCGUCGAUCGAUUCACGCAGUUUUUUUUUAAAAAGGUCCGCUCUGCCUCCCCUCAAUGAAUCCAAAUUGGGGUGCCUAGAUUUAUAGACGAUCGCCUCCAAAUCAGCCCAGAGCCGGUAAUCAGGCACAUUUUCGGCCAACCACACUGGGAAUCUAUCAAGCCAGAAUUUCAGUCCCUUUUUAGAGGGAAACUUUUUCGAGAGCCUCAUAACAGCUGGGUGCUUAACCUUUAUCAUUUUGGCUGCUCUUCGGGAGAGAUCGGUUUUUCGUCCGAAAAGAGAAUUCGUCGAUGCUUAUUUUUGGAAACCAUUUUAGCAAGAUUUUGCGCCAUUCCAGACGCCGGUUCUUAAGUUUAUCGGUUAAUAAAUGACUAGCACAUUUACGACAAACUCCCUUAUGCUUGGACAUAUUCGUUUCAAUUGUUGUAUGUCAUUAUUUGCCAAGAAAGUUCGGAUAAACGCGUUCAGGAACGGCAUGCCCGAUUCUCGGCAUGGGCACCAACCGUAGACACCCCCUCUUCUGACCCGUCAGCUACGUUGCCGUGACUGGAGGGACCAUUUGAGAGUGCUAAAAAUUUAAAUGUUUCUCUCGAUCUGUUUUACACUUUGUACUGACUCGUGGUUUACAACUAUUACGACGCGUUUAUCAUACCCUGUGAACCUCAACCUGCCACUGUUCACAUUCUACCCAAUUUUUCGACGCCAAAUUCAAGACAGAAAUACUACCACUCUGCUUACCUACGAAACUCAUUCAUCUCUUAAAGUAUAUCGACUUAACAGAGCAACUGCAAGGAGUUCUGAAGGGCACAUCGGCAACUCGCAAAAGUCUUUUUCCGAGUUCCAUCAUUUUUCAACAUAAAACACCAAUUACAUUAUUAGUUUUGCUUGAACCUUUUGCUGCAAAAUAUGAUUCCUUACCAACUCUAAGCAGGGAACCUUCCAGUCUCGGGAAUGCUAACAAUGUAAUUAAUUUACAACGAAGGUGAAACUUUGAUGCUAGGACUAAACCCUGUAUACACGAACCCGACUGAGGUAACAACGUAAAACAGUGGGGGCUGUGAUUGGAGUCACAAAUUUAAUGCGUGCCAGACCAUACGGUAAACACUCAUAUAGAACCCUUGAACUUCCUUCUACUAUGUUUCCCUAUUCCACCUAGCAAAAGUUUUAUAAAGCGUAUAGGCCUCCAUGUGCUGAUUUAAUAAUGCAACUUGAUUUUUCCUUGGGAUAGUUUUACCCCAGAAAUGUAUGCUGAAAUACAGUUUGACAAGUCAAAUCGAACAGCUUUUCAUCAUGUGGUUUAUUUCUAUCAAUUCCACCUUAGUUUAAAAUAAAAUGAAAAUAUUGUUUCACUAUAAAAUGAAUUUUAAAAAUUUCAAUUAUCGGAGGUAUAAAAAACAACAACGCCAGCCAUCAGAAACAUAUAAAUUAGCAAUAAAUCAAAUAAGACAAAAAUUAUUUUUUUUGAUACAAGCUGACUUAUACACAACAUAUAACUUGCUUAGUUACAAAGAAUAAUAACUUCAAUAAGCCAAUAGUUAAACAAAUAACUAUAAUAUUUUGUAAUUUAAUAAUAUUAUACUUAAUGAACAAUAUACACUUGUUUGGUUUCAAAUACUAUUUUCUACCGAACAAAAUACAGAAGAUUUUUAUAUUUUUGAAAUAUAAUACUGAAAACAAUAUUUACACGUUUUUAAAUAGAAUACAUUUACAACAAAACAAUUAGUAUUUAAAAUAAAACCAACACAAUAGUGAAAUACCACAAUGACAGAGAAACAAUGUGAAUAAUUUUAACUUUUUCAAUGGUAAAAAUAUAUUUUCUAUAUAACUAAAUCAGUUAUUUGAGAUUUUUAUAUAAUUUUUGCAACAAUUAGAAACACAGAUAUAAAUGAGGUGAAAGGAAAAAACAAUAUUUGUAUAUUCUGCAAUUAUCCAUCUGUGAUUUUUUACGACAAAACAAAUAGAAAUCAAUAGCAAUUUUAAUGGCAACGAAAAUUGAAAAUGAAACCUUGUUAGGUUAUUUGUUUUUCUCCUUGCAAAAGGAAUUGGAACUUGUACGUAUUUCUUCGGAACUCAACUAUAUAAUUCGUUCACUGCACUCUUCAAUUUUUGCUGUCAUUCAAUUGUUUAUUUUAUUCCAAAUCGAAGGAACAAGAAAAACGUGUGAAAAUUAUGAAUAGGUACCCAAGUUGUACAGAAAUUAUAGAAUAAUGCGAAAGGAAUUCCAAAAUUGUUCACAGUUGAAAACAUCGAAAACAGUUAAAAAUAAGCACUUAGACGAUUUCCAAUGAAGGAAGUUAUUUUCCAGAUAUUUUAAUUUUUAAAGUACAGUUGUGGCAAUGUUUCUGAUUAGAUAUGGAGUUUCAGUGCUCAUAAUUGCAGUUCAAGCCUCAAAUCUGUUUACUAACCUUUGGCCCGCAACUGAACUACCAUCAGAAAAUUUGCCCCGGAAUAUCUCAUUAUAAUCUGAGUUGUUUAUACUAAUUUAUAUUUUAUAAUUCAGAUUACCAUAUGAGCAUAUCCCAUAAAAAAGCACUGAAACAUUCAUAAAUAAUCAGAAAUCCAAACUAACAUGAAAGCAUGUAACGUAUGAAAGGACUAUUACAAACAACAAGAACCGAGUAGUGUAUGACGGAAGGAAAACCCUCACUGUGCCAAAAAUAUGUACCUCAUAAUGUAAUUAGAAAGGAUAUUGUAGAAAUGGAACAAGAGGAGAAUCAAAAGAAGAAAAUCGAAUUGGAAUAGCUGUGGAAAAAUAUAAUUUUUAAUAUAUUCGAAUAGAUUUUAAUGAAAACAUAAAACAUCUAUCGAGCAACAAUUGGUAGACUUUUUUUAGAAAAAAAGAAGUUAUUUUUAGAGUUGCUAAGCUUUUAGGCUUUCUUAUGGAUUCGUUUUGGAUAAAGUGAAUCUAAAAUUUAUUUUGUUUUUAGUUUUAGGGUCUUUUUUCUGAAUUAACUGUUUAGUUUUGAAAAAUUAUCUUAUCUUAUAUAAAUUUCAAUGAAAUUCUUUUGUUUUUAUUGUUUACUAGCAGUUUAUGGAAUGUUAUUUCU